UCAUUAGACAGGAGGAUCCUGAACGCCUAGAUAUAGGGAUGGCUCCUCCCCUCAUGCUAAAGCCAUGUUGAGCGUUACUUUUGUUCUUCGGAGUGUUGGAUAUUUCUUAUAUACAUAUGGUGCCAUCUUCCUUAUUAUCCUAAUUAUCUGGCAAGUGAAGAGGAGUUACUAUGGGUUAAGGUUGGAACCUAAAAGGAGCUGCUACCAGUGUCACCAAAAACUCAAGCCAAAGGCUAGGGAUGCAGUAUCAAAAGCUAGGAGACAUUUCUGGAAAGAAACGGAGAAGCCGUGGGAGAUGCUCUCUGUCAUGAAAAGCCAGGACUGGCUUCCUCAGGAGGGAAGUGUGAGGAAGCUCCUGUGUGCAGAUGCCUGCUGCCAAAUCUGUAAUGCCAUGGCUCUGGAGAUCCAACAGUUGCUGGUGGAUGAGAACAUCCCACUCUAUACAACUUCACCAGGACCAUCAGAGGGCUCUCCUUGCCUAAAGAUUUUGCCCAAGUCCAAUAUGUCUUUUGAGCAGAGUCUGGAGCAUCAUUCCACACAGACUCAAAAGCCCUCACUUCCAUCUGCAACCCAAACAGUGUCACAAUUAACAGCUAAGAAGUCCUUAUGCCGGUCAUUUACCCACUCAGCUGGCCAAUCAGACGAUCCAGUGAGUAUGCAAGAUUACUUGGCUAAAAAUGUCAAUCUAGGACAGAGAAUUCAAAGUCAAGAUAUGCCUAGGUUGCAUGAGACUAUGUCUUCUUUACAGUUCGAAGGGCCUAGAAUUCCGGUGAACCAGCAGGAGGUGACACAACACAAUCUCAACCGUGUGUAUGGGAACCAAGGUCAGCCACCCUUGCAUCCCCAGGUCCCUGUGCUGACCCUGAACCAAGACAUCACUACCCUGACACAUUCUAUGGCCUUGCCUAUGGUCACUAUCCUCCCUUCCUACCUGCCAUUCUCCAGUCCUGAAGUCCUGAGGCUUCUUGAGGUACAUGUAAAAAAAUGGAUGCAUUUCCAGAGGUGGGGGCUGCCCAGACGUGUAGAGAAGUCUCUGAAGCAGUUUAUGCCAAACCUACCAUUGUUUUACCAACUUGUAAACAACCAACCAGCUUCUUUCAUACAAAAUGAAUUCUCUGUAGAGAUUUUUGCGCCCAUUUCUUAUCAGACCUGGGGUCCAUGUAUGGCUGGCCAGGCUACCCAGGCAUUCUGGGUUUCUGAAUGGUCCAUUAUAAACCCAGUACAAAGACACCACUACCAGCAAAACCCAAACCACCUGGCUCUAGCCUUGCCCUCUCCAAUAUUUAAAGACUUAAGUGGCCUCUACCCACUUACUGGCCAACAGGCUAAUGACUCAGUGGGCCAUUUACAGCAGAAAUACAUCCAACUAUUCUGUGGCUUAUCUUCCCUGCACAGUGAGUCUCUGGCUAAUGCCUCCUUGAGUUCUCUAGAUCACUCCACAGAUGGGAGCAUGUCCAAGCUCUCCUUGGAGGAUCCUUUUCUCUUCAAGGAGCUGUCCUUCUUCCCUCUGUUGCCUAAAACUCCACCUCAGUCAGCCCCACCCUCUUCCUCAUCUUCCCCUAAUUGGGUCAUACCAUCUGAUCAUCAACAAACACAGAUCCAUGUCCCGUUUCUGACUCUGGCUGAGUGUGAAGCCUUAGAGUAUCACCUGCUGCAGAGGCAGCUCCAGUGUCAGUGGGGUUUGCCAGCUGUUCUCCAGAGAGCUCAGCACACCCAGAACCCUGUGCAAUAUAAGUCUUGUGGCACAGCCCAGUCUCCUAGGACUGUGAAAACUUCCUGGCCGGGAAAGCCCAUUUCUGUUCUCGCCCUAGAGGCUACUGGUGCUGAUGACCCUUUCUCACCCUCUAAGGACCCCGUGUCAGUCCUCAUGCCACACUUAUUAGACCAGGUCAAGGCAAUACUGCAAAGCCACAUCAACUCCAAAUGUGGGCAGAUUCAUGAGGGUAAGGUCCCUGCCCAUGUGUCUAGGUCUUGUGAGUGCCUAAUUCCUGGGGGCCUCAAAGUGGCUCCCUUUACUUGCAUCCCAGAAAGCAAGCUCUUGGAACUACAGGCAGCAACCGACCCUGACCUACAACAGAAAGUUAGGCACUGGAUGCCAACAGUCCCUGAUCAGCAGCAAGAGACCUUCCCAGAUGCCGCCACUGAGCCUCGCAAGCUAACUCGAGCCCUGUCCAAGGAAGUCCUUGAGAAACUGGAGAUGAUUUUACGGCACAAGUAUCUGACCUUCUUAUCAGGGCUGAAUCCUCUUUAUUACGUGGCUCCCUCCAAGGCCAUGGCCCCAGCGAUCACUGCUCAUGCUGCCACCACAGAGGUGGUGCCUGAGGCUGUCAAAAUCUUAACAGAACCUCUGACUCAGAUGAUCUCACUUGAAGAGCAGUAUCUAAGUCGUGAGCCAUUUUUUCAGGAUACCAAAGAGACUUGUGAAGAAAUUGCAGGUGAUUUGCAGUCUGAAGUGCAAGUGGAAGGAAUGAUUGAGAUGGAGCCUCUAGAAAGACAGACAGAGUCUGCUCAGCCCUACUUAUUCAAGAGGCCCAUCUUGGCCAAACUAAAUUUCCACCUGAGAAGGAAGGUCUUAGAGAUACGAUGGGGAAUUCCCACAGAGGCGAGGGAGUCCAGAGAACAAACUGGAGCAACCCCAGAGAACACAGCCACACAGGAGUCUCUUGGGGGUCUAAACAACCAAGGAAAAACAUGCCCCCAGGAACUGCCCAUCCCACCAGACACUCCCUGUGCCCCACAUCCAGAAUGGCUCUCCCUUAAGGAACAGUUGUCCACUGAGUUAAAGGCAGUGCAGCAGAGCCAGAAGCAACCUAGUUCCAGAGCAGCACCCCAUGGUUCUGCCCAUGAGCCCUGCAAGAUGACUCAACCCUGUAGAGACAUGACAGAGGGCCCAGUGCUCUGUGUUCAGCUGGAGGCCAGUGUGAACCACCCCAGCCUGGAGGAGUCCCAGAUCUCUGAGUCCCAAAGCCCUGGCAAGAGCAAGUACUCAGCCCCAGACCCCAUGCCGACUGAAAAGAAAGAGGACCCAAGGAAACCCAAAUCGUCAGGAAAGCAUAGAGAAGGAGAUGCAGGGUUUGCGCUCUUCUCAACAAGAGAAAAAAGCCACCCUGUAGCCCAGAGACCACAAGGGAUGCUUCUGAACAGGACACCCCAAAGCCCCUGGCUAUGGAGACAAGGCUUUCGGAGACAUGGCUUUCGCCUUGAUGCUCUCUGUCAACAGAGUUCCCAGCAUCACCCUCAGCUUAAGCCCCCAGAGCUCCUUCCAGGAGCCCCUGGAGGGAAGGAAUCUAAGAAGAAUGACCUGCAAGACAGUCAAACCAGGAUCAAUGUCAGCCUCAAGGGAGCAAGGAUUCCUAAGAAUGCUGAGCCUGUUGGGCCCCAGGCGUCACAGGCCCAGCCUGUCCUGGCCCAACGCAUUCCGCAUAAGCCAUUACAGGGCCCAACUUUGCAAGGUCAGGAAUUGCAGGGGCAGGUGAAGCCAGCCCAUAGUCACCAGAGGCCCAGCCUUCCAGAAGCAGACUUGAGAUAUAAGAUGAAAUCCUUUCUGCAGUAUAUCAACUUCAAGGCAAAAGGCAAAGAGCACAAGGAAUCCAUGUUUUCGACAGCUGUGAACGUGGCCAACACCAGAAAAGAAAGUGUAGCAAAGAGGCUGGCUCCAGCCAAAAGUCCCACGGAGCAAACUAAGACAGAGAAGAAGAUAAGAGGGGACCCCAAAGCCCCAUCUCCUCCGACUGAGAAGCAGGUGGGCCUGGCCUCCUUGGAAGGCUCCCAUUCCCCAAACAGUAAGCUUAGGCACCGCUCCUGCUCCCAUCAACUCCAGUCUUCCUCAGGCUUAGGCCACCCCCGUCAUUGUCCUCGGCACUGUCCUCAAGUGGCUUGUGCCACCCAACCAGGAUCCCACCCCAAUUUUCAACUCUCACCUCAGAGGGAAAUGUUGGCCUGCUCAGGAAGACCCAGCACAAUCAAAGGACUUUGUAGGCUCCCCCAUGUCUGCAUCCCUUGAAGGGAUAGGUAUUGUCUUUGUCAUUAAUAUGCAGGUGGGCCACCGGAC